CCUUCUCCAUCUCCUCCGCGUGCAGCUGUGCGUGCGUCUCCCCUGUCUGUCGGGUACCCGCAGCAGCAUCAUCAGCAUCAGCAGCAGCAACACAAAAGGGUCGGAGCUGUGCUUUACCUCAGCGCGCGGAUCAACGGAGGGAGCGCGUGAAGGAAAAAAGAGAGAAGGCGACAGGGCAAAUUCCAGCCCUUCAGACGACUCUUUGGGAGGAAGAAGAAGAGGGAGGCGAAGGGGGGCUUGGAUGGAGCAGAGCUGAAGGCAAGCUCUUCUACCGGGGAAGUGUGCAAUGGAGUCGUGUCUGACGAGGACGAGCCCGAUCCAAAUCUGAGGGAGUUGAAUCCCAUCGGCUCUCGAGCUCUCUCUCACGACAGCAUCUUCAUCCCAGAGGAGCCAGUGACCGAGGCCGGUCUGGAUCACAGCAUGUCGCAGGAAAACGUCUCAGAUAAAGUCAGGAAUCUGCAGAGGCAGAUCGCACAGGGUAUCAAGUUUGGCCAGAGGCCUCCCUCUCUGAGGAAAAGUGAAGGAGAUGAGGGGAGUUCAGAUGAGGAAGAGGUUCCCCGCAGUCCUCUGAAGGUGUUGGCUCAGGUGGAGUCUGAGCCGGCAAACACAGAGACAAAGGUCCAGGGGGGGGCUCAACAUGCUGAACCUCAUAGCACCCCAGUGAAGUCUCCCAGGUCCAAGAGAGUUCUUCCACCCACAGGAACCAUCGAGUCCAUCAACCUGGACGCCGUUCCGCAAUCUGUCCCUCGCCUGGACAACACCGCCGCCAAACACAAACUGGCCGUCAAACCUAAAAACCAGAGAGUGUCGCGCAAACACCGGAGGUUUACCCAGGACUUCCAGGAGGUUUCUAUUCCAGGUGUGCUGCAGGAGGAGCUGGAGGCAGCAGGCGUCUCCUCAGAGGAGCAGCGCAGAGCUUCUGUGGAGUCCCUGGACGGCUUCAAGAAACAGAGACUCCACGAGGAGGAGAGACAGGAGACGAGGAGGAGGAGGAGGGAGCUGGAGGAGCAGAGGCUCAAAUGGGAGGAGGAGGAGGAGAAGAGGAAGAGGGUCACGGAGGAGCUAAGGCUGCGAGAGCUGGAGGAGGAGAGGUGUCGUAAACAACGGGAGGAGGAGGAACAAAGGCUGAGGAGGGAGGAAGAGGAGAGGAGGAUGAGAGCGGAAGAAGAAAGGAGGCAGAGAGAGGAGGAGGAGAGGAGGAUGCGAGAGGAACAGGAGCGCAGGCAGCGUGAAGAGGAGGAGAGGAGGCGACUGGAGGAGCAGAGGAGGAAAGACGAGGAGGAAAGAAAAAGGAGAGAGGAGGAGGAAGAAGAAGUGAGGAGGCAGCUGGAGAAGAGGAGGAGACAAAGAGAGGAAGAGGAGGAGAGGAAGAAAAAAGAGGAAGGGGAGAAGCUGAGGCUGCAGGAGAUCGAAGAGAAAAAGAAACAAGAAGCCGAGGAGAGGAGGAGGAGGGAGGAGGAGGAGCAGAGGAGGCUGUCGAUGGAGGAGGAGGCCGACGGCUGCUCGGAUCCACUGGAGAGGAAGAGGAGGGCGGAGGAGCUGCGGUGGAAGGAGAUGGAGGAGAGACAGCGGCCUUUCUCUUUCAAAGUUUCCUCUGGAGAGAAACAGAUCCUGUUCCAGAAGGUGAACCUGACGCCCGUGACGCCGGCCUCCAGCCAGCAGGGCGGCGCCGCUGCUGAGCAAAGAGAGAGCACCAAGGGCUCCUCGUCCUCUGAAGGAGCCGACUCUCCAAACCUGCCAACGUCCCCGUACGUCCCCCACACCGCCAUCCUCGUCACGGGCGCUCAGCUCUGUGGGACAGCGGUCAACUUGGACCAGAUCAAAGACACAGCCUGCAAGUCUCUGCUGGGUCUCGGAGAGGACAGGAAGGCACAGGGGACCCCGCCCACCAAGAGUAAGACGUCACCGGACCGCAAGUCUGGUAAAACUAAAUCCCUCAACGAGUCCUCCUCGCUCUCUACGGAUCAGUCCGGUUCAGCGGUCCUCGCAGAGUGGGCGAGCAUCAGAUCGAAAAUAUUCAAAGGAGUCGAGGAGGGGAAAUAUGACGAGCACGAGCCUGGCAAACAGCCGGGAGCCGAGGAACAGCCUGCCUUCUCCCACGCCAACCUCAGAAAGACCAUGUCCGCCAGUGCCAAGUUCUCCAUCACACCGGCGAAGAAAAAGUUUGGAGAUUCAAACAGGAACUCGGAGGUCUUCGGUGCAGAAGAAGCAGUGGAUGAAGUUGCUCCUUCUGAAACUCCGCCUCCUCCUCCUCCUCCGGCCAGCCGCCCUCAGAGCAGGACGAGUAAAACCGUCCGCAUCGUGGAGCGAGGCUCGGAGGAGUGCAUGUUCGCCAAAGACCUGCCCUCCUUCCUGGUCCCGAGUCCCGGAGCCAAACCUGAGGGAUCGGAGCUGAAGAGCAGGGCGAAGAGCGAGACGGAGGCGGGCGAGGGAGCGGACGGAGGAGGACAAGACGGGGAGGACAAUCCUUCACCUUUUGGCAUCAAGCUGCGCAGGACGAACUUCUCGCUCCGCUUCCACAGCGAGCAGUCCACCGAGAAACGGAAGAAACGCUACAGCGCCGGGGACAGCUUCGACGGCGUCCCUUCACCUCUCACCCCCAUCGAGCCGGACUCUGACACCUCCUCUGUCUUCUCUGAAAAAUCAAGUCCAACAUCGCCUCAGAAGGAAGGCGCCGUUGGCAAGUACUCGCAUGCGUCCGCCUCACCUGCGUUCCCUCGGGGUAAAACGGGUAAGUCGACCAGCAGCCCCCCCGCACACGUUAACACUGAGAAAGUGGUUUCCAAACCUCCGUUCUACCGUAGACCAACCACGUCGCCCAAACCAGUCCCCACACCUCCCCCGUCGCCGCUACCCAAAGUGUCCCCCGGGCCUCCCGGUGAUGUCCUGACCCAGAGGACGGGAGCCGCAGAGUCGUCCGGCCAGGAGCCGACGAGGAGCGAGGAGGCUUCAGCGAUAACCCGGAUAAGCCCCGUCCAAGGAGAGGAGGAGCCGAAGGAGAAGAGAUCCUUCUUCCCCUCCAUCAACAUCCCCUGGAGAGAGAAGACGGACAGGAAGACGGAGCUCAUCAAAAAGGAGAAGCCGUCCCUGCAGAGCAGACACUCUCUGGACAGUUCGAGGGUCCAGGACAAGGAGGCGGGGCCUCUGUGGAUCACACUCGCCCUGCAGAAACAGAAAGGUUUCCGGGAGCAGCAGCAGAACCGAGACGAGCGUCGCAGCCAAAGAGAGGCCAAGCAGGCUGAGAAGCACACUCGAGACAGUGUCGCUCUGCUGAGCCCCACAGAGAGCCGAGGGAGCGGCAGCACCAGCCCGUCCUCCAAACCUCAAACACCGGAGGAGCCAAAGAGACCCGACAGCCUGCUGGGACGAUUCGAGCGACGAGAACAACUGAAGAAAGCCAGCACUUUACCCAGCUCUGUCACCGUUGAGAUCACAGACUCCACACCGUCGCCCCCUGCUGUCAAGGAGGUGUCAAAGCGCUUCCCGUCCACCGACUCCCCACAGGUGUCCACAGAGCCUGCCUGGCUAGCCCUCGCCAAGCGGAAGGCCAAAGCGUGGAGCGACUGUCCUCAGAUCAUCAAAUAACACAAACAAACAGACACACACACACACACCGACACAUACACAUACACAUACACAUACACACACACACACACACACAUACACACACCGGCUCCGGCCUGCACUAAGACUACACACUGCCCACAGACUCUCCUCCCCCCUCCCCUCCUAGAAAACCUACCUGACUGUGAAGUAACGCCCUCCAUCACCUCGUACCCCCGACACACACACACACACACACACACACACACACACACACACACACACACACACACACACACACACACUGUCUGGUACUAUUAUCAUGUUAAAGUGCGCUUCACAUUCAGAUACUCUCAAACAGCUGCACACAGAUAUGUAAACUUGAGUCGCGCGCAUGCACAUACUGUAUACAAACAUACACACACACGUAUAGACGCAGAUAGAAACACACCGCAGUACUAAGCAGCCAAUCAGAAGCAGGGCUGGCACUUCGCAACAGCCAACCCUGACAUUUUUUUUUUAUUUUGUAGCCAAGCGUGUCACCUUCAUUGUAAAUAAACCAUCGGCUCAAAAAAACUGGUGAAACUUGUGUAUUGGAGAGGUUCAGCUCUGACAUGUGAGUGUGUAAUCAGCCGAGGGUUAACUGUCUGUGUUUAAAGGGCUACCAGUUAACUAUAGUGCCACCUGUGGACCACUGGUGGAAGUGUUACAUCCUCUGUGCCCUCGUUGGUAUUAUUUCUGUACGUUUAAAGAUCUCCUCUCUGA